AUGUGGUACUGCCGCCACGAGAUCCAACUCCGACAAGCAAUGUUCUUCUCCGCUGCGUCGAUUGCUGGUGCCUUCAGCGGUCUGCUUGCCUUCGCCAUUUCCAAGAUGGACGGCACCGGCGGCUUGGAGGGCUGGAGAUGGAUCUUCAUUCUCGAGGGCAUAGUCACCGUCAUCGUUGCAGUGUUUGCAUUCUGGGCGUUACACGACUUCCCCGAAACAGCCAGGUUUUUGACCGAGGAAGAAAGAGCAUUCGUUGUUUACCGCCUCAAGUAUCAGGGCCAGGUUCAAGGAAAGUCAGACAACCGCGUUCAAGUUGCUGAGGCCGACGAUUUUCAGUGGAAAUACGUGUGGGAUGCUUUCACGGACUGGCAAAUCUGGAUCAAUAUCUUUGUCUAUUGGGGAAUUGUCUGCCCCCUCUACGGCAUCAGUCUUUUUCUGCCCACGAUUAUCCGAAAUCUCAACUAUACGUCAAGCACCGCUCAGCUCAUGACCGUUCCUAUCUACAUCACCGCCGCGAUUCUUGCAGUUGUCGUUGCCUAUCUUUCUGACCGCUUGGGCAAGCGAAGCCCAUUCAUUGUGGGAUUCCUAUGCAUGAUGAUCGUUGGGUUCUCCAUGUGUAUCUCAAGUUCAAACCCUAAGGUGGUCUACGGCGGCGUUUUCGUGGCUGCCUGCGCCAUCUACCCUGCCUUCCCCGGCGUCAUCAGUUGGCUCUCCAACAACCUUUCUGGGAGUUACAAGCGCAGCGCUGGAAUGGCUCUACAGAUCGGUGUUGGUAAUUUGGGUGGUGCUAUGGCGUCCAAUUUCUACCGCCAGAAAGAUGCUCCCCGAUACAUCCUUGGACAUGGACUUGAGCUCGGCUUCAUUUCUGUCGGCAUUAUCGCUGCCCUGAUACUCAUUUUCUCAUACAUCGGGAUCAACAAAAAACGUGACAGGCAGAUGGCGGCAGGCGACGACAGCCGAUACACGGCGGAGGAAUUGUCUGCUCAGGGUGAUAGGGCUGUGACGUUCCGAUACAUGUGGUAG